AUGGCAUCAACGCAACUGAACGCUACUACUAGCACUCCUUGGGAAUCGACCAGCACUCUCUUCUAUAACUACACAUCUGAUGAAGCUGUAAAUGAGGAUGACUGUAUAUAUGAAGAAUAUGAGAGAUAUUUCCUCCCUGCACUCUACUGCCUGUUCUUUGUGGUGGGCUUUAUUGGAAAUGCACUGGUGGUGUGGGUCAUCACGGUGGGCACUCAGCUGAAAAGCACCACCGAUGUGUGUCUUCUGAACCUGGCGCUGGCUGAUCUUCUCCUGGUCCUGUCUCUUCCCUUUCGGGCCUACCAAAUGAAGCAUGGAUGGAUUUUUGGUGAAGUCAUGUGCACCAUGGUUUUCACCAUUCACUAUAUUGGGUUCUAUAGUGGCAUCUUCUUUAUUGUGCUGAUGAGCAUCGACAGGUACUUGGCCAUCGUCCAUGCCGUACUUGCCUUAAGGGUCAGAACUAGGGUCUGCGGGAUUGUGUCCAGUCUGGUAAUCUGGGUCUUAGCUGUUGCUGCAUCUUUCCCAGAGCAGUUCUACAUCAGGGUUGAAAAUUUCUCAUCUGAGGUUCUUUGCAUUGACUAUCCCAAUAAUGUAAAAUUGGUAACUGUUGGCCUCUUUAAAAAGAACAUUGUCGGCCUGCUUGUUCCAUUGAGCAUCAUGGGUUUCUGCUACUCAAUGAUACUCCGUAGGCUCCACAGAUCUCGCUUACCUAAUAAAUACCCCAUGCGCCUCAUUGUCAUAGUCGUGGUGGUCUUCUUCUGCUGCUGGACGCCGUUUAACAUCGCAGAAUUCAUUGGAGCCCUGCAAUUCCUGGGCUUAACUCCUCACGAUUGCGAGUUCACGAAACGGUUUACCCUGACUCUGUGGAUCACUGAAGCAGUGACGUUCUCACACAGCUGCUUGAAUCCCUUCCUCUACGUAUUUGUGGGAGAGAAGUUUAGAAGGCAUCUCUUCAGGUUCUUCAGAGAACACCAGUCCAUCUCCAGUUCAGAAAGAGCCACCUGACCCAGACUGCAGACUUGAGCCCAAUCCCAUUUAACCCCUGAGCCCU